GCAACGCUGGUAUGGUAAUGAGGUAACCCGGAUCUCAAGACCUAUUCGAGAUUUUUGAAUUGUUGCAUUAGUACGAAACGUGUUUUAUUCGGCUUUAGAUCAUCAUGGAAAGCACUCUCAUUCUCUCAGAAAUACGUGUUUAAAAAAACUUGAAGAUCUUGUCAGGGCAAGCCGUCUUUGGAAACACUGCAUCACAAACUCAAAUCACCUGGAAAGGUUUUUUUCUUCUGUGGAUUUUUGAGCUUCUCAUUUGGAUUUUGACAUUUUGUACGGUCACUCAAUGUCAGUCAAGUAUCGAAUCUUCCUCGAGGAACAUGGUAGGAAUAACUUUCCAUAGAUGGCAGUUAAACGUUCUUGCUUCCGGUUAUACUUCAGAUCUCCGUACUGGUCUUCAGCAAAUUCAGCGCUCGCUUGACCGAAGAAAGGGGAAAAAACGAAAAGCCGGCAUCCUUUCGAUUAGUAAUGAAGCGGACCAUUCCUUUAGAAGGGCACUAGUAAGAGCCAAAACCAGACAUACGCUUCAUACAUGUGUACCAGGAGAUGAAGGGGAAACUAGAGCAAGAAGACCAGCAAGAAAAGAAGAAUUGUAAAGAAGAAUAAAGCCUUUGUUAUCCCUUGACGACUCCGGAAGAUGCCGGUUGAGCUGGCCAGAUGAAUUGGAGGUCCACCACCUACCCACUCUUCACCGACACUCGCUAGAAAAAACGGCCGUUUAUAAUCAAAGUCUACUUAUUCGUAUUUUACUUUUUUAAAAAGAGUUAAUCUUAAUAUUCCUUUUUCCAAAGGUAAUUGAACUUUCCGGGACGCUCGAUAAAUUUUAUAGCAAAUUCCUCCAGAGCUCCCUUGGAAAUGAUUACGGAGGAGGGCAAGAGGUGUACAUGGGUCGGGUAAUAUCCCGAUGAAAAUGGGUUUUGCAGGAGGGGGCACUUCCAUUGCGAAUGAGUACGCGAAACGAGGAAAAGUGUGUGUUCUCCCCUUUUAUCUUCAUUUUCUCUCAUCGUCUCAUUCAACUAUAAAAAAUUGCUGGCUCCGGUUGGGCGAGCAAACAUCACGUAAUUCUACCAGUGUUUGGGGAGCAACUCACGCGGCCGCAGUGCGUGGGGAGGGAGUCCUUAUUUUCGUCUCUCAUUUUACGGUGCGGGGUGACAGACACUAUAUUCCCGAGGCACGAGUUGUUGCCGUUGCAACAACAACAAGCAAAAGUGGAAAAGGAGGGAAAAGCAGACGUUAUAAGGAUAAAAGAAUCAAGAAAUCAAACAGACCAAUGAAAGGAAGUGUUUUUUUUUUUAUGUGGCUCUAUUCGUAUUGGAGAGUAUUGGAUAGUUUUCCAUUUUCGGGCCGGCGUAGCGAUCGAUGCCGGAGACGCUGGCUAUUGAAUUACAUUUAAUAACGAGAAGCAUUCGAGCCUGUCUGCUGCGUGCAACGAUUGUCCAUUCAGUGUCGCAGAAUCCGUCUUGACUUUAUCCGCGAAACUAUCGAUUAAAGGAAACGUGAGAAACGGGGCUGUCAACUUGUCGCUGUCGAAACGGCCAGCCAAGUGAACGAGUGCGGCCUUUCGUGACAACAGAAAUCGACCUAACGGCAUCGAUAUACGUGUCUGUCAAUACGAUGAAAAACGAAUCGGCCGGCCCGAUGGGCUAUCGCCAAAACUGCCAAGAGAUUUGAAGAAAAAAGAAUAAUAAUCAAUUCUCCUGUCGUACACAAAUUGUGACCUGUACUAGUAUAUCAUUCCCUGCUGCUUUUACUGACGUUUGAUAUGCUUGUUGUCAAGGAAGAUAUCGAGAUUGUGAGAGAAACAAAAGACAAGUAUCCCAAAAUAAAGUCAGAAGAGUGGAGGGGGAAAAAAAAAAGAUAAAUGGAAUCCACGGAAAUGGUUUCGGUACCAUCUCUCCGGAAACAAACUCACCGACUUGCUCCUACGAACACAAAUGAGCAAAAAAAAAAAAAAGAAGACGCAGCAUAUCAAUCUCCGAGAGAAGAAGAAAACAAAACAAAACAAUGGAUGAAGCAAACGAAUUGUUUAUGUUUCCAUGUUCCGCCCAAGAUUUUUGCAUUGCCAAGUUGAUUGGACCUAGAGAUCAGUUUAGAAGGGCGCAUUUUGUGGAACAAGGUUUCUCCCAUGUAUUAUGUGCGCUUCGAUCGUCGACUUAUUAAUUCGUACGGGGUAGGUUGAGCUGGUUCAAUGAACAAUGCAGCGCAACGAUGAAACCCAGAUAAAUGCAAUGACGACGUAGCUGGAUUCAACAAAGCGCAAGAUUUAAAAGUUUUGGAUCUCAACGUCGUACUUCUUUGCCCAACUACCGUGGCCAAACCGCAGACGAAUCAAAGCAUAAUUACGCGGAACACUGUCGUUUGGUCUUCCAAAGGUGCGCGUCCAAGUUGUUCGACUUGGGUUUUCUUGGCGACGGAUGCGGCUGCACAUUGGACACACCCUAACUUUCACACACACAGACACACGAGGAAACUGACACGAAGAACUUUGAUGCGAAGCGUUUAUAGAACAAAGGAAAACAAACAAAAAGACAGUAAACAGUGAAGAUAUUGGAUCUCAAAAUCGCGUUUCAUCUUGCGAUCCGCCGGUGUUGCUACGUUCAACCAGCAUCACUUUAUCGAUUGAAGGCAUUUAUCGAAAAAAAAAUAUAUUUUUUUAAGGAAAAUUGCUCUCUCCGUCGUCGUCGUCGUCUUCGUUCAUUUUUCAACAUAAUAAAGGCACGGAGAUUGAAUUUGUUCGACGUCCAUUUAGUCCCGUGGAAGUCAUUUACCGUGGAUGGCGGCGAAUGGAGGAUCGCGCAGGCGGAGUAUGUCGGUCUUGUUUGCCUCAUUCACCCGGCGCUGCUACUACCGUCUACCUCCGCUGCGUUGAAAAAGCUAUCGGUGACGCCUGAAAGACGGCAGUGUUGGCUGUGAAGCGCUCUCCUUCUGAAGCUUUCACGUAUCUCCCGACUUCUGAAACCAACUAGUUCACCGAGUACCUGUUGUCUCCGGCACCCGCUCAAACGGCUACUUGAGCAGGGCCACUGUACUGCCCAAGUAACGUUUUUGCUUGACCCAAGGUCGAUAGAGACGACGAAGGAGAUCAAACGACACAUCCAGUCAGAAAAGGGGAGGAAAAGCCAUGACCAAAGCCUUGAAGUGCGGCUACCUGCUGAGAUACAAACGUCGACUCUUCAGUCGCUACUGGAGGGAGGAGUUUAUCGUCCUCUAUGAGGAUUCCUCAAUGGCCUGGUUUAAGGACAAGUCCCGUUCGGAUCCCGAGGGAGCCCUGAUGCUGAAAGAAGCUCCCGAAUUGAUGGCCAUGGGCGAAUACACACUCCGCAUCCCUCACACUCGACCGAGCAGCCUACCGCAAGGCUGUACGGUGCGGCAGGUUAUGGCGUUCGGCACGCCCAACCGACAAAAAGUUUAUUGGUUCGUAGCCAAGUCGGAAGACGAGAUCAACGAUUGGAUGACUGCCAUCAGCAAUACCUUGCCAAUCCCGCCCGGCUUGUCUGUUUAUGGUGAGCCAGUAGAGGAAAUAACGUCCAACAUCUACGAGAGCAUCGAUUUACAACCAGUUGCAGCCGUUAAGGCCAUAGAAAAACAGCAGCAGCACCUACAACAGCUGGAUCAAGUUGACGUGAUUGGUGGUCAUCAACCGUGUUGUCUGUGCGCCGCUUCCGGUCAUGGAUGCGGAGUUGUGGCGUCAACGGGACCCGUCGUUCCCGCCAUCACAGCCGCUACGGCGGCAAUUAAAAAAAAGGACACGAGCGUCAACUCUUCGCUGGGCGAAAUAGCCACAGGAAUGAUGCUGGCAACAGGAUUCGCCCAUUGGGGUUGGGGUUACGGCCUUGGCUGGAACAAGCCCGAAAAGUCCAUCAUCGGCGGUUAUUCGGAAAACAUGGCUUACGAUGAUGGAUACUACGGGCGAGACUCGAUGGAUCCCCGCCAGAUGGGAAGUGGGUGUGGCCAACAGCAUCACUACGAUCCAGACUAUGAUGACUGUCAGGAUAACGAUUUUGACAUGGACUUUGGUGGGGAUUUCGGCUUUUGAAUCUUCUAUUUACAUCCGAGAUGGUCGAUGUGUACGUUUGGCUUACUAUAUACAUCGGCGUCGUACAGAACAACUCGGAUCGAUUGAUGUUGUGCAUCAGCCAAUCUAUUCCAAUUUUUUUUUUUUUUAACAAAAAAAAUUAAUUUUGGUAUUUCUCUUUAUACAUUCGUCGUAUUCUCUUUUCUUCCCCUCUGUCUUGGCAUUAAUUGAAGAAUAAUCUUCACUUCCCCACAGUCGUAUGCAACUGUUAUUUGCAUUUAUUUAGAUGAGAAGUUUGAGCAUUUUUUAAAGACGAUGUAUGUGUCCCAUGGUGUUGAGUCAUUUUUUUAAAAAUCCGAUUCAUCUUUCCCGAUAGGAACCAUCCACAAUUUUCAAAAAUAAUUGUGUUAAUGAUAGUGUUACCUUUUGAUUAGAAAGAAAGAAAAGGUAAUAUUUUUUUUUUUUAAGAUUUUCUUACCUUGUCGAUUGGCACCCAUUUUCACGGCGUGUAUAGGCGUGUGUGCAGAACUUAAUAACCUAUAAUUCCGUUAUUGUGCCAUGUGUGUAUUUUCAUUCAGUGUGUCUCCCUCCCCGCUGUAAAACAAACUUGCCCGGCAGUAGCAAACAGAACGGCACGGCUCCAGUAUAGCUCACAUCUUACGUGUUUUCGUUUUUAUAUUUUCUUCAAAUCAUAGAGCUCACUGUUGUUACUGAAUGUGUGCUGUUCGGCCAUGAUUUGUUACUCACAAAGGAAAGAAAAAAAAAAAUUUUAUGAACAGGAAAGAAAUUGACAGAAAAUAUAGUGCAUAACAAAUUGA